AUGGGCAAGAAGCGAGUCCUGGUUGGCUACGGUGUCGAUAUCGACGCCGUAGCGGGCUGGCUGGGCUCGUAUGGGGGCGAAGACAGCGUUAGCGAUAUCAGUCGAGGUCUCUGGGCAGGGCACAUCGGAACCACGCGACUCCUCAAACUUUUCGAGAAAUAUAACAUCAAGGCAUCCUGGUUCAUCCCAGGCCACUCACUCGAGACAUUCCCCGAGGAAUGCGCACAGGUCCGCGACGCCGGGCACGAAAUCGGGCUGCACGGCUACUCCCACGAGAACCCCGUCAGCAUGACCAAGGAGCAGCAGCGCGACAUUCUCGACAAGACGUACAAGAUGCUGACAGACUUCUGCGGCAAGCCGCCGCGCGGCAUCGUCGCGCCGUGGUGGGAGGCUAGCGCGGAGAUGGUGGAGCUGCUGCUCGAGUACGGCAUUGAAUACGACCACUCGAUGUCGCACGAGGACUGCCAGAUGUACUGGCUACGGACGGGCGACUCGUGGACGAAGAUUGAUUACGCGCAGAAGGCGGAGACGUGGAUGAAGCCGCUUGUGCGCGGGCAGACGACAGGACUGGUGGAGAUUCCGGGAAGUUGGUAUAUUGACGAUUUGCCGCCGAUGAUGUUUAUCAAGAACUCGGCGAAUAGUCACGGGUGGGUAAAUCCACGAGACGUCGAGGAUAUCUGGAAGGACCACUUCGACUACUUCUACCGCGAGUAUGACGAGUUCAUUUUUCCGAUGACGAUCCACCCGGACGUCUCUGGGCGCCCACAUGUGCUCCUCAUGCACGAACGGAUUAUCGAGCAUAUCAAUAAGCACGAGGGGGUGGAGUGGGUCACAUUCGAGCAGAUGUGCGAUGAGUUCAAGAAGACGAACCAGCCGCCGCCUGGGGCGAUGAUGCCGGCGACUCGGGGGACUGUGGCCUGA